CGACAACUCUUUGGUUGCUUACAAUUGUCCAGUUAACGUUACUACUCUUUACCAUGGUGAUCAGAAGCGAAGAAUCCCCGUUCACUGCGGAGUUCGACCUCCUCGUCCAGCAGCAAUUGGACAAAUGGAAGGUUCCUGGGUUAAGCGUCGCGGUGGUCCAUGGCUCCAGCACGUAUUCCAAGGCAUACGGGAUUGCUGAAUUCCCCAACAAACCAAUGACCACGAGCUCCCUCUUCUCGACAUGCAGCACCACCAAGGCGUUCACUGCGGCCGCCAUGUCAAUGGUCAUGGACGAGAGUAAGAACACGUCAACCCCCAUCCGGUGGGACACUCCCAUCCACUCUCUAAUUCCCGACGAUUUUGCGCUGGCCGAUGACGCUGCGACCUUGAACACGACCAUCGAAGACGCCCUAUCCCAUCGGUCGGGAUUAGCGGGAGAUGACACCCUCAUGAGUCGCGAGCCAUGCAACGCGUCGAUCCGCGAGACAGUGCGCAAACUGAGGCAUCUCCCAUUCACCUUGGCGCCCAGAACCACCUUCUCCUACAACAACAACAUGUACAUUGUGGUGUCGCACGUUCUGGAACAACUAACGGGCCAAGACCUGGGCACUGUCCUCCGGCAGCGGAUCUGGGACCCACUCGAUAUGAAAGACGUCUACUUUGACAUCCAGGAGCUCUGUCGCUCGCCGACCGGUAAACGCCUCCUAGCCAGAGGCUAUACAUGGGACGAAGACACAAAGUCCUACAUCCCAGAGCCGUACAUGAAUUACAGACCCACGACAGGCGCAGGUGCGAUCGUAAGCAACGUCCUAGAAUACACAAAGUGGCUCCGCGCCAUGAUCUACAAGACCGGACCCAUGUCUCCACAAGGACAUGCUGCCAUGGUAGAGCCCCGCACGAUCAUCACCGACACCAGUGACAUUGUUGGCCCGCCAGCACCGUAUCAUGCCUAUGGGCUCGGGUGGUUCGCGCACAGCUGGCGCGGUGAACCACUCUAUUGGCAUAGCGGCAGCUGGGUCGGGUUUGGAAUCAUGGUCGGAUUUUUGCCGGGUAAACAGUUCGGGUUUGUGAUGAUGGGCAAUACGAUGCAUGCGCGGAAGGCUGAGCUCGAGCUUUACUCGUAUCUUCUCGAUAAGAUUGUGGGGUAUCCUUGGAAUCCAGCUCAAUCUGCCAUAUCGCAGCGGGCGUCGGACGUAAAGACACAAUCAGAGCCCAUGGAAAAAGCCAUGCAGCGACUCUUUCCCUCCUUGCCGAGCCCCGUCAUUCCCCAUGCUCUACCCUUGGAGCGCUACGCAGGCCACUACAACCACCCCGGCUCAUCACUAAUCACCUUCGAACUAAGGAACGGCCAUUUACUAGCCGACUUCCGUGACCGAGUGGGAAUGGCCCUCUUCGAGCUGCAUCACGCCAGCGGAGAAUUCUUCCUAGGACACUGGUUCAGCGGCCCAGGGCUCGGCGCGGCACAGAACGCGUACAUACAGGUACAAUUCCGAGUAGACUAUACAGGCGCAGUACAGGCUGUGGGGUUGGAUCUGCAGGAGAAUACGAGGGCCGGAAAGCUUUGGUAUCAGCGGGAGGUUUAGUCUUUUAGCUUGUGGCUUGGCCAAUUCCAUCAAUAGUACGCUCAAAGUGGUGUUGAGGUUGAAAGUAUAGUAG